CACCACCAUGAAGAUGCUUAAUGCUGCCAUUCUCAUUUUAGUCCUGUUUUAUCCCAGUCUCAGCACAGAGUGGCCUACGCACACAGUCUGCAAGGAGAACAAUUUGGAAAUAUAUUACAAAAGUUGUGAUCCUGUGCAAGAUUUUGCUCUUAGCAUCGACGGUUGUUCCAAUAUCUUAACGAAUACUUUUAACAUCAGAGCUGCAAUGGUCUUAAGACAGAACAUCAAAGAACUGUCUAUGGACAUUAAUCUCAUCAUAAAUGGGAAGAGUAUCCUAGCCUACUCACAGAAACUCUGUGAGCCGAAUGGCCGAAGGUUUAUUUUCUGUGGAAAGAAAAAAGGAGAACAUAUCUACUAUGAAGGGCCUGUCACACUGGGAAUCCAUGAAAUCCCCCAAGGAGAGUACACAGUUUCAGUGAAGCUGUAUAAUGGAGAUCAUCUCACCGUUGCUUGUGCUGAUUUUACCAUAAAAAAUAAAUAAUUUUUCCCCAUAUAAAGCAAAGAAGGGAUCAGAACCAGUUCAUUUAAAGGGGCAGAUCACCAAAAUAGUGCAAGCUUUGUAGCUAAGAAAGUUAGUUAUAUUCUACAUCUACAGUGAGAUUGAAGGAAAUAAUUCCACUCAGAGGUUCGGGUGCUAUUCUUGUUUAUAAUCUAUUGCUUUUAGGAAGUCACUAGAACCCCAAGAGGUAAUUUAUCCUAUGACAUUCACUGUACUCCAUUUGUUUUUGUUUCUAUAAUAUAUGGCUGCUUUAAAAUAGCAAGAGUUUUAAACACUCAAAAGCCUUCUAGUCCACUAACUACAGACCUGAAUGAAACAGGCAUUGCCCAGUGAGCUGUCUAGCAGGAGGAGAUCAGAGCUUGGUGCUUGAACUCUGCCCUUUUUUCCUCGGCUACUGGAGGCAGGAGGGGACUUAGCACAGUGGUUCCCAAACACGGGCAUGCCUGCUAGAGCGAUGGCUUUUGUGAUUGACACUAGGCAGGGAGUUCCAACCACAGAACCCUUUCCGACCUGAACUUGGUGCAACGAAUGUCUGUCUCAUUUUAUACAUGCUGGAUCCAAUGAUAGACUUCGAUUGUCCCAGAUUUCAAUUUUGCUCUGUCUGACAUGAUAUGGGAUUUGGAGCAACCUUAGUUUAACUAAAUGAGAGGCAGGCCAACAUUAUACCAGAGGAGAGGAGUUGCAGUUACUGCAUUAGGAGAAGAGGGCACUGGCACUGCCCAGGUCUUACUCUUGGAAAUAUAUGCCUUGGGAACCACUAUAUUGCACUCAGUCUCUGGUGGGGAGGAGGGAGUGCCUCACAUUAUCCCUUCCAAAUUCAGUACAGUUCAGUACUUAGCACAGGGCCAUUUAAAAAAGAAAUUAAGCUUCCAAUAUCUUACAUUGGCUAUUACAAUAUCAAGGUCAGGAAGGCACCCACCCAACAGUUAAACUCUCAACAUGCAUUCAGUAUUAUGCACUUAACAUUUGCAAUCAAUACAAUAUAAUGUCACAAAAAGCUGCAGAUACCAGCUCAUUUAUUAACGGUGAAGAAAACCAAAUUAUUUAUGUUCAGGAAGACAUAAGGAAAGUAGGGAAAAGGCCUACAUGAUGUGGAAGCCUCUUCAGACAUCCCGAUUGCAGCAUUCAUCCACAUACUUUUAUAGAAGCUACAGCAUAACCUCACUGUAGCCCUGUAGUGCUCAAUGGGGAUAGAACAUCCCCAGCACUUUCUGUGUAGACUCUUUUUAAUAAAUCCAUGAAAGAGAGACCCAAGAAUGUGAACAGAAGUAUUCCACCUGCUAUUUGAGCAAUCCUUGUGUCAUAUCUGUUCUCUGGAGUAACAGCACUCCAGUCUUCGAUUUUUUGGAUUAGCUUUUUUGUUUUUUACGUCCUUUUUAAUGACAUGUGAAC